AUGUUCAAUCUAUGUGUCUCUUGUGUUUGGACAGAAGGUCAACUAAAAAUUGUUGUAUCAACAAUUUAUCUUACCUUUACAACAGUUGGUACCAUUGAAGAGAAAAUCUCUCAAAGACAAUAG